AAACAUGCAUGUAUAUGAUGCGGAAGUGAUACAUGUGUUACUAGUAUUUUGAAAUCAGUACGGCCUGUAGUGAAGCCUUUCCGCAUAUUCAUAAAUAAUAUAAUGAUCGACACUGGAUCGUUGGCAUAUCUAUCGAAAUGGGAUUAGUGUGAAUAAAGUAUUAAGAGGGAAAUAAUAUAAACUAGCAAAAUUAUAUCGUGAUAAAAGUGAUUUAUAACUUGAGUGAGAAGAUGGGGAAGUUAAAUAUGUUUGCAAUAACACUGAACUCUCCGACAGCUGUCUACUAUGCAGGUCAAAAUGUAGAAGGAUUUGUGACAGUGGAUUUAAACGAUUCAAUGAAAAUGAGAGGUGUGAAACUAGAGUUUACAGGUUCUGCUCGAGUACAUUGGACAGAACAGCACAGCACAGGCUCGGGGAAAACAAGACGAACUGAAACGCGUCAUUAUUCUGCCACAGAACGCUAUUUCAACUUUGAAUUUUUACUGUUUGGUCCGGGUACUGGUUCCACGUUAUUACAGCCCGGACAUCACACGUUUCCCUUCACAUACACAUUACCACUAAAUCUACCUUCAUCUUAUGAGAGCGGGAUAGGAAAUGUUCGUUACCAGUUGAAGGCAAAAAUUGACAAGCCGUGGAAGUUUGAUCAUAAAACGAAAAGAAUGUUUACAGUCAUCAGUAUGUUAGAUCUAAAUCAACAGCCAUCAGCAGCGGCAGCGGUCCAAGGCCAAAAUUCAAAGAACCUGUGUUGUUUGUGUUGCAAGUCAGGGCCAAUAUCAGCCGUGUUUCACAUAGACCGAGCGGGCUACGUCCCUGGUGACACUAUAUACCUGAAUGCGGAAAUCAGCAACAACUCGUCACGGAGGAUGUGUGCGUCCAGAGUGAAACUUAUAAUGGUGACGUCAUACCAUGCUACAACCAAAUCCAGAACUGUGUUUAAUUGUGUUGCAUCGCUUUCCAGAGGCGAAAUACCGCCACACGGAAGUGACGUUUGGUCAGGUGACCCCAUGACAGUUCCUGCCAUUCCACCCUCGUAUCUGGUCGGCUGUAGUAUUAUCGACAUCAGAUAUAUUCUACAGCUGGAGGUAGAUCCGUCUGGACCCGCAUUUGAUCUCGAGGUCCCACUUGAAGUUAUUAUUGGAACAAUUCCGCUGCGUCAAGUGGUUCAGAGAUACUACCCACAGUGGCAACCUUCUACACAACCACUACAGCCAUCGGCACCUGGAAUGCCUUCCCCGGCGGGCGUCAUACCGCCCGACAUGCCGCCACCUUCAUACGCAGAAUGUGUAUUUGGAAAAGUUGCUGUUGGUGACGAUGAGGAUGACAACGAACAUAUGGGCGGGGACAAAGACUUUGCUCCUAGUUACGCUUACUAUGAUUGGUCCAAAUCUGCCUUUAAAUAAUGCAUGAAUAUAACAACUGUUGUAUGAUUGGAAAUGAAACUAUAUACACGCAUUAAACAUAGUACAAAUGGCUGUAUGUGUAUGCGGCUAAUGACGAAACAGUGCAAUACUUUAUUUCGUCAUGUGUGACACUUCCUAAAGUUCAGCUGAAAAAAAACCAAAACUUUAAGGUAGGGUAGACAGUCUCGCUAAUAUAACUACUCCAACUUAUAGAGUAGAUGACUAAUAACUGUCUUGGCCCUGGCAAUAAGUAAAACUGUUUUAGCUCUGCUCAUUCUGCACGGCCAUUAUAAGCCGGGAGCCGGUCAACCCUGCCUCAGAGCAAAGUUCAGCUCUCCUAUGAAGAAGCUAUGAUUAGUAGUUGUUCUAGCGACGUUCGUGUGAGGAGGGUUGUACUGUACUGUAAUUAGGAACAUGAUUUUAUUCUGUUUUCUAUAGUUUGGUUUUGAAGAAACAUGAUUUAAGUAUAUUGUAAUGUUGUACAUCAUGCUGUAACGCAUCAAAUCAACUUCAUUGUAUCCACAUUUCAUCAGUAUGUACGUAGUUAAUACUGUGAUGACAUUUGCAGUUCACUAGUUACGCAAGUAAUAUCUCAGACUUAUCUUUUGAUAUACAUUUGUUUUGCCUUGUGUUAUGACAUUUUGAAUAACAUUUAUACAGUCAAGAGCUAACAAUUGACCUACAACCUUCAUUUGUGUAUGAAGAAUUUACUUUUGUCAAAACAACGAUGGCUAUAUUUGGUGACGAAACGUGAUGUCAAAAGUGACAGAAAGUUAGACGCACUUCUUUUGGUGACGAAAUGUGGUGCCAAAAGUUAAAGAUAUCCAUUCUUGCAUAAAAACUACUUUUUACACUGGAUCCGCCCAUGUAUAAACGGGAGAAAAAUCGUGUGCAAACAAGGCAAUUCACGUGCUGUUAAUACAUGAUUUUUAUUUUUGAAAUGCUUUGCCAGGGACGUAUGUAUGUAUUUCUGCGCAGACUGAUAUUUGGCAUUUGCAUCUUGUUUCUUCCAUAAUAACCUUUUCUUGUAGCAUUACAGAUACAAUGUAAUCCAUAGUAUGUUUAGCUGCAUCAGUUUCCAACCCCAAACGUACUGCCCCCAUCAAUGUACGCACUAGCUUCUCUUAGAGUUUACUCCCUUUACAAAGCGUCUGUUCAGUUUUUGUAAAUAACUGUGAAUAAAUAAGUAUCGCGUGUAACUUGUGGUAUUGCCCGUUUUUAGGUAUUAUAUUAAUGAUUUUUGUUAGUAUCAGUCGGUUUGUUUUUACCUGAUUGUUCGCAGAAUUCAUAUAAUAAACCUCGAAAGCUAGUCACUAGCUUCGUACUCAUCCGUACUCUGUUUGUUCGUACUCAAAAUAAUUCGAAUGUAAGGUUGUUAUUCUUAAAAUAAUUGUGUUCCUGUUUAUCAAAUUUUUUAGUUAUAUGCAAAAUUAUGUGUAAUGUAACGUUUGUAAUAACUAAAAAUAAAAAUAAGAUGCUCAAAAACCUUCAAAUCACGCUUUUAGUAGUGUUGUUGUUAUGUGUGCCCCGGUUAUGGAUAUUUAAAACAUGUUUACCGUUUCCAAGAACAACAAGAAUGGUAAAUAAAAAAUGUACCGGAAUCGUCAAGUCAUCACAUAUGAAAACAAUGCUUUUAGUCGUCGUGUAAUGUUUUUUUUUAUGCAAGAAUAGCGACAAUGCAUGUUUGUUUUGUGUAUUAACGCCUGCAGAAGCCCUUGGGAUAUGUUUGUGACCGAGACCGAAACAAUCCCGCGGGCUUCUGCAGACGUUAAUACACAAAAAAACGUGUAGUAUCCCUACAAUGGCCAUCUUCCAGUAAAAUAUCCUCUCUUUAGAGAUUUACUUCAAGGGUAGAAAACCCUGAUCAAUUGCGUUAAUUUUACUAAUUACUUAGAUUAAUUGUAUAAAGUAUUUAGAGCUACACUCAUAAUUAAAUGUCACGCUUGUUAAAAAACUCAGUUUUUAGUGGUAGUAUACAUUUAUACUGUGUUUAGCUAUACAUGUUCAGUGUGUAUUAUUUGAAACCUAAUGCAUAGUACUGUAAAUACAUAUAAACAAGUAAAUCUUAUGCUUACAUGAAUAGUAUGUAGUAAUACGUUUUCCAAUAUGACAUUUGGAUCAUGUAUACCUUUAAAGAAAUUCAGACGCACUUCACUAGUUAGCUUUUGUUGCAAAAUAAUGAUAUUCCGCCUGUCUGUCUGAUAACGCCUAUUAUGUAAUGUCAUUGGGAAAUAUGUCAGUGCCUUUUAUUGUUCAGUGUUGAUUUUUACACAUGAACUUUCAACGCAAUUUAUCGCUUAUUCUAGACUAGCAAAUCAUUCACUGAAAGAAAAUAUAUCAUUUGUUCUAAGUCAUGGUUCACACAGUAUUUCGUGCAUGUAAUUGAAGACAAUCGAUUUAAACUUUUUAUGCACGGGGUGUAGCAAAAGUUCAUGUUCAUCUGCAAACGAAAGGGAUAUCUAAUGAUAUAUCCAUGUUUUCUUUCUAUAUUUAAAAAAAUAUUUUGAGAAAAUAAGGAAAUAGUUUGGUGAGUUUUUUUCACCAGAAAUUUUACACAAGUCAUAAUAUAAUCUUAGACUUAAGGGAUAUGUUUGUCUUGUCUUGUCUCUUCCAAAAGAACAAAUAUAUGGGAUGAAACCGCAAUACAACAAGGUUAUGUAGCAACACGGAACGGGAUGGAACGGCACUAAAUGCUCAACAUAGGGUAUGGUAGCUAAUUAAACUAACUACAUUAUUGACAUGUUUUGUUAUUAUUGUUUUGUUAGAUAUCUAACUUGUUAAAUCUUAAAAGUAGUCUUAUUUUGUAAAAGUGAUACGAUAAUAAAUGUUGGUGGGUU